CAAGGACGGACUGGAAACCCAUGCAGAUAUAAUACAGGACACACAGAUUGAUUGGGACCACAGCCUGACCCCUUUGACUUCUAAAGCACUAGCCUGCUGGCUUAGCUUCAGGAAAUGGACUUCAGUGUAGCGAGCAUUCUACUCCUUGUGGUACUGGCUGAGGCAACCCCUGAGAGAUACUAUGUGAAGAAACAGGCUUAUCCUAAAAAAUCUCAGACUGUUGUUGGUGAACCUGGUAUUCCAGGAUCCCCAGGUGAACCUGGACCCCAAGGCCCCCCCGGCCCACCAGGACUUCCUGGAAAAAAUGGUGUUGGAUACACCGGACCUAUGGGCCCACCUGGACCACCAGGUCCAACAGGUUACUCCUCACCUGGGAAACCUGGAAGCCCAGGUGCACCUGGAAAACCAGGUAUGUCUGGAUUUCCAGGUGAGAAAGGACAUCCAGGGCUUGCAGGACCCCAAGGUGCGAGAGGAGCACCAGGACCACCUGGAAUUCCCGGGCCUGCUGGCAUUUCUUCUCCUGGAAAGCCUGGACCACACGGACUUCCUGGGGCAAUGGGUCCACGUGGAGAACCUGGCCUAAAGGGGCAGUCUGGAAUUCCUGGGCUACCAGGCCAGAAAGGUGAACCUGGUUAUGGCAUUCCAGGGGGACCUGGCAGCCCAGGUCCAGCGGGUCUUCAGGGCCCUCCUGGUCAGCCUGGUCAGCCUGGAAUUGGAAAACCUGGGCCAACUGGAUUUCCUGGAGAGCCUGGAAAGCCAGGGAUGCCAGGAAGGGAUGGGUCACAAGGACCUACGGGCAUGCCAGGCUCAAAGGGUCAUCCUGGAGCACCUGGGAUAGGAACCCCAGGACAACAAGGUCAAAAUGGUGCUCCAGGUUUGCCUGGGCCAACUGGGCAAAAAGGUCCACAAGGACCAGCAGGACAACCAGGAACUCCGGGUUUGCCAGGUACUGGCAAACCUGGAUCACCUGGAUUUCCAGGAGAGAGAGGAAUACCAGGAAUUCCAGGUGCCAUAGGCCAAAAGGGAGAGCCAGGGUCUACAGGUAACAGAGGUCUGCCAGGUGCUACUGGGCCAAUAGGUCCACCAGGUCCACAGGGUGUAGGGGGAUUUCAGGGAGAGAGGGGUGGACAGGGGCCUAAAGGUGAUACUGGAAUGACUGGAGCACCAGGCCAAAGAGGUUUAAAAGGUGAACAAGGUGCACAAGGCUUCACAGGAAAGCCUGGUCUUCCAGGCACAACAGGUCCCCCAGGCCAGAUGGGUCAUAUGGGAUAUCAAGGUUCCAAGGGCGAACCAGGAUUAGCUGGUGCUCCAGGUAUCCCAGGCAGCAAGGGACAACCAGGAGAUAAGGGACAUCCGGGGUUUCAAGGGCCACCAGGUGGUAGGGGUGAAAAUGGUAUCCCUGGACCAAGAGGACCAGCAGGUCAAGUGGGACCAGCUGGUCCACCUGGGCUUAAGGGUCUUCCAGGAAUCCCAGGAGCCCCUGGCCCAGCAGGGCUCACAACUAAGGGAAUUUCUGGACCUCAGGGUCCUCCUGGUCUAACUGGCGCCAGGGGUCAUGAUGGUCGCCCAGGCCCACCAGGACCUCCUGGCCCACCUGGCCCCCCAGGCGAGAAUAUGUACCAAUAUGAGAAAAGCAUGCCACUUAAAUCACAUGAGAUGCUAAUGCCUGUUAGUCAUGAGCUGAUUAAGGCACCAAUGUCAGCAUUUACAGCUCUUCUUACCACAGCAUAUCCCACUGUAGGAACACCAAUUAUAUUUAACCAGAUUGUGUACAAUGGAGAGAACCACUAUGAUCCAAACACAGGCAUCUUCACCUGUCAGGUUCCAGGAAUUUACUAUUUUUCUUUCCAUAUGCAUAUCAAUGGAGCAAAUGCACUGGUAGCACUUUACAAAAAUAGAGAGCCAGUCAUGUUUUUUUAUGAUGAAUACAACAAGGGUUUCCUUGAUCAGAUGUCUGGCAGUUCCAUCCUUAUGCUAAAUGCCCAUGACACAGUGUACAUUCAGGUUCCAGAUGAUCAGUCCAAUGGCAUUUAUGCGGAUGACAAUGUUCACUGUUCUUUUACUGGGUUCCUGAUUGCCUCAACGUGAUAAUCCCAUUGAAAAACUAAAACUUAACUUAUAAACAGUUUGCCAGAGGACUUAUUUUCUUUUGUCCUGUACACUAUAUGCUAAUUUGAAAAUAUUCUGGAAAAUUAAAUUACAGUUAAAAUCUACAAAUAAAAAAUAAACUAAGAAAUAAUACUAAGGAUCUUACAAAAGAAUCUUACUAUAAAUGUGUGCUGAUGCACUGAAAGGUUCUGUGAUUGCAUUGUUGGUGCUCUGUAUAUAAUAUAACAUUUCUUUGUUUUGUGUUUGGCAAACAAUCCCUUCUCACACAAUGACCUCUUUAAAACACAUUGAAUGUGCCCAAAUACUUAACAUUGUAUGUACAAAUGGAUUAAAACUAAAUUGUUCUUUAACUGUUAAACUCCAAAAUAUACACCUACCCUGUAAU